UUUAAAUUAACAGAUUUUUAAUAAUAAAAAAUUAAUCAAUUAACAAACAAAUUGCAACUCCAUAAUGUUAUCUUUCAGUUGCUAAUUGAUAUGUAUUCUAUGAUUAAAAUAAAGAUCACUGUCAGAAGAGUCUGGCUGGAGUGUAACUGUACAGCACACUCUAUUGGACAAACACAUAACACAAUCACUACCAUCAAACAUACACUCAGCAGCUGCUUAUGUGCUGGUGGUGUAGCGAUGUGAGGAAUAUUUCAUUGACACACAUUGGGCUCUUUAUUAACACAUUAGAUGCUCUGAUGGACCAGAAUCUCUGUAAUGUUUCCAGCUCAGUGAAUCCAGCCAUGAAGACUUCAGCUUGUUCUGGGGCAGAAGAUGCAGUGAUAGUCAUUGUUUCACUAUAGAGUGUAGACUAACUGCAUGUAAACUAAUGAUAAUGGGUAGAAUGUGCCAUGUGAGGAAAAAUGACACUCCCUCUUUCAACUUUCACUUCCUCGUUAAGCUCAGCCUACAUGAAAAACAGAAAUAUGAACGUGUUUGCGUCUAAAAAUCCAGCAAAGAUAAAGUUUGUAUAGCGUCAUAUUUAGUUUAUAUGCACAGCUUGUCAAGAUGCCAAGAUGAGUCAGUGGGGUGAAUUGUGGUAAAACUCAUUUACAGAAAGCUAAAUUAGAGUGCAUUGUUAUGGAGGAAGAUCUAGAAGCACAUGACCCCAAGGCAGUGGAUCCUAAAGAAGAGGUUUCUUCAGCUCCUGAACAUUCGUCUCUACAGCAGGAGAAUUCAUCUAGUAAUGGUCAGUUAAAGUCUGUCCUUAAGUUGUAACUGACCUCAUGAGAGCAGAAUCUGAUGGCAUGUAUUCCCCCCUCUGAAGGGGGUUUUAGCGCCUCCUGUCUGACCACAGCAGAACUGCAGCAGCACUGGAGAGCCGUUAAGAGGGAGUUCAGAAGCGUUAAACUCCUGUUCGACAUCCCCACCGCGCGAAUCAUCGAGCAAACAAUCACUAAAUAUGUGGUGUACCAGGUUGUGGUGAUCCGCUCAGGUAGUUACGACUGUGAGCGUGUAGCUAUCGAGCGACGCUACUCAGACUUCCUCCACCUUCAUCAGGAGCUCCUGCUGGACUUCAGCGAGGAAAUGGAGGACAUUGUGAUGCCCAGGAAGAAAAUAAGGGGCAACUUCUCAGAGGAGAACAUUGCAGAGCGGCGCGUGGCCCUCAGAGACUAUCUUACUCAGCUGUACUCCCUCCGUUUUGUCCGAAAAUCACAAGCAUUCCUAGCAUUCUUCACUCAUAAGGAAUUAAAACCUGCAUAUGACCUCCUGCGUGGGGGGCGCUUUUCCCGGGCGCUUGAGGGCCUCCAGAAGGUGUUGGUACUUCAGGAAAAACUGUCUUCUCACAACCCUACUUUGGUGGUGCCAACGCUGUGUGCCAUACUGGUGUGUCAGAGGGAUCUAGAAGACUUUGACGCAGCUUUUCAAACUGGCAGAAGAGCUCUACCCACGGUGAGACGCUACGAGCUCCAGCAGUAUCAAGGGCCCCUGCUGGAGGCUCUUGUUGAUUUGGGUUACAGUCUUGGGCUGCCUGUGGCCCAGUUACAGGAUGAGCUGACCAGAAUGCAAGACUUGCCCAAUGGGCAGGUGUCAGAGAUGACCCUUAAAGAACUGGUGGUGCAAGAGUUUGUAUAAUCAGAAACAACAGCUAUUUAGUUGUUAACAAUCCCAAAAAUCUAACUUUAGUUGUUCUAUGUUAUCGGAUUAAUGGUUCUCACCUGAAAGAAAAUGCAAACAAAUGAAAAUCGCCACAGAAUUUCACACAGAGUUGGUUUGGGAUCCUUUGACUUGGACCAGAAAGAAACCACCCAAUCACCCAGAACAACCACAUAGCAACAUCCACAUAUCAGUACCCAAACACUAUAAACAUGAGGAUAGUCUCUUUUGGAUUGGGCACGUGUUCUGACUUGUUCUGAAUUUAUAUUUUUAUAAGCCAUAUUUCUUUUAUCUCAUAUUUUGUGUAUGCCACAAAUCUUUCCCAUUCAUUUUGGAUAAUUGUGCAACUGUGAAAUUAAAUGCCAUUCUGGCAAAUUAUUCUGGAUUGCUUUCACUGAUUGUGAGCACUUUUAAGUCAGUGUGUUGUUAUUAUUUAUGAUACCUAAAAAUAUU